UAUAAUAGAAAGAAUGAGGAUUUUGAAAAUAAUUUAUUUAGUGGAGAGAGGGAAAGAAGUAGGGAUACGUUUAGGAGGAGGAAAGAGAUGUGGUUGAGUAGAAAGGAGUAUAAAUGAAAGACAACCACAGGAGUGUUGCACAUAAAAGGUAGAAUUGUGAAAAUUGAAGUGCGGGGAUGGAUGUAAGUAGCGGCAACGGUAUCCAUGAAGUGUGUGGUGGUGUAGAAGACGUACAAUAUUGGAACGUUGUUGAACAUGUGGAGGUUUUGGACGAGGUACAUCGUAAUGUCGUGUUACAUAGAGGAGACUACGUGGAUAGACAGCAGUACAGUGAAAGUAAAGCAGUGAGGUAUGUAAGUGACAUCAGUCGGAUGAAAGAGUGGAGCGUAGCCCGUAAACUGUUUGAGUGCAAAAUGAACUAUAAAGCAUGUUCUGCUUACGUCUUGUACUGCGAUAGGAGUAAUCUUCGUUAUCUACCUAUGUGUGGGAGUUGUCGGUAUGGAGCGAACAAUGGUAGUAUAAUAUCGUUGUAUACGCGAGUACCGAAUUUGUGGAUGUUAGAAGUUCACCUCCACGGAGAGAUUUGCAGUUGCGAAUUUGUUUGCACCCAUAACCAUCAUUUAAGGAGGGAUAGUAUAUUUGAAGAAGGUUAUGUGAGGGAAAUUUGUAAUAAUAUCGUAAAUGUUGAUGGAGCGUAAACAUGUAUAUACUACAAUUUGUUCUGAAAUAAAUGAUGAUGUAAUGUGGAAGUAGAUUUAAUAAAAACAACAUGUAGGUAACAGUGGUAUAUAUUUGAAGAAGUGUGUCAAGGUCAAACGUGUGGGAAAGGAAAGUUUGGCAGGGUGGGGAAGGAAAGGGAAAGGUAAUUAGGAAAAAAGUUAGUGCAAGGAUGGUGUCAUCAUAAUGGACCGAAAGAGAUGACGCCUUUGUUCAGCUGAAGUGCAGAGUAGGCAGGAAAGUGUAUGGGUAUCAUCGAUCUCAUAAAGAAGACCCGACUUUUCGCAGAGGUAUGAGUGAACCCCCUGACGACAAGGUCGACAGCAGGAGUUCACAACAUCGACGUUAUACAUUCUACAGCUGUAACAAAAAAGUCGAGGUGUGUUAUCAAGACAUUCUUGACAACAGAACCCUGUUGCAACGUUACAGCUUUGACGAAGACGUUGACAAAUGUUGCAUUGCAACCGGGUGAUAGGUACAAUUGAAUUGGUUGUUUGUCGGAAUGGUGAAAGGACAGUGGAUACACGAGAAAGAUCCAUUGUAAACCGCAAGACCCUUCUCAUGAAGUGAUGCUCUACGAAAGUUUCAAUGGUUUAUAUAGGAAGAAAGGUGGUGGGGGAAUAGUGGGGAUGAUGAAGUAUUAUUGGGGAAGGAGUAUAGUAUAGUGGGGGAUUAGGAAGGUAGGAAUGGUGACAUAAGUUUGUAUAUAA